AUGACGCGCGUGGCCGCUCUCCUUCCUCUCAUUUUGUCGUUACUUCUGAGCUGCGCACGCGCCUCCAUCCUCUGCUCGUGGACCAGAGUCCUGCCGAACCACACAGUGCACGUGAGUUUUGUCCGGAGCGAGCCCGCGCAGGGCCGUGCCUCCGUGCGCCUGUACCACGCCUCCUGGUCCGGCCGGAGCGCGCUGCUCGGCUGCACGUGGACCGACGACGCAGCGCUCGUCCGGAGCUACGUGUCCGCGUGCCGCGAGCGCGCGCUGGAGUUUUCCUCUCCCCCACGUGGAAACAUUAGUUUGCGCUCCGUGUUUGAGGCGGGACAGUGCGCGCCUCUGGCUGCUCCAGGGAGGAGGCACGUGAGGAGCGCUGGAGGUCAAGGACACCAAAGGUCAGAGGUCAGGGUUCAUGGGCGCGUGAAGCGCGGCUUCAUUGUGCCAGGGACUCUGUGGUGCGGCUCUGGCAACAAGGCGCCGUCCUCUGCAGAUCUGGGGAUUUUUUCUGGCACGGACAGCUGCUGCCGGGAGCACGACCAGUGCGAACACAUCAUCCUGUCGUUCCACUCCCAGUUUGGAGUCUUCAACAGCAACAUCUUCACCAUGUCUCACUGCGACUGCGACAACAAGUUUCGCAGCUGUCUUCGGGAGGCGAACGACACCAUCUCUGACGUCGUAGGAUACACCUUCUUUAACCUGCUGAAGAUGAACUGCUUCACCUUCUCCCACCAGCUCCAGUGUACACAGAGAAACUGGUUUGGGAUGUGUAAAAAGUCUCAGCUGGCGUUGUACGCGGACGUCCACCCCCCCACGCUGUACGAGCCCACCCAGCCAGCAGACGCCUGCGUGAACAGCUCGUGUUCAGACGUGAACUCCACGGCACCAACACGACUCCCAGAGAUCAGCGCAUCAGAGCCAGCGCUCCUCUUCACCACCGCCGCCACAUGGACGGCCUCUGUCGCUACAACCCGUUCACCCUCCACCCCUGCGGCUCCAGGGAGACCCACAGCGCCGGCGGGGAGCGACGAGCUCGACAACGUCUUGGCUGCCAAACGCCGAGUUGUGACUGAGCCGUACAGCAACACUACAGGUGAUCAGAUGUCAUGUGACGUAUAUAAAGAACUCGAUGAAUGUAGAAGUAGGAUCCUCCCCCAUCAGAGGAAAUAUGGCUUCCACAACACCGAGCCGAGGACGCUGUACCACUGCAACUGCACCGCCGGCUGCUCUGUAGUGGUUGUUAAAGCAGAGCUUCCUCAGCCGGACCACAGGAGUUCUGCACACAUGGAGGACUGGCUCCACCUGCAGGUGGGCCUGAAGAGAGUAAAGAGCAACCACAGACGUGUUCCGCUCAGCAAGCUCUGUCGAAGAACGACUCGAGCCAAACGGCCGAGGAAGGGUGGAAAACAAGGUCGCAAGUUGCUCCGGCAGCAGCUGUGA